AUGGCCCCGUUGUCCGAUAUAGACCGUCUUAUCCAGGCCCCCGAGCCUAUCCUGAGGGCCGUUCUCCUCGCCCUCUGCCGUGACGAUACGGUGCGCCUCAAGGCAACACAAUAUAUGGACCAACUCGUCGAAUGCGUCGUCGUGGAGCCGAAGGAUGCCGCGAGGGAUUCCGGGUCCCUGAAGCGGAAAGCUGCAACCGAACCUCGCACAUGCGUACGAUGUGAAGAAGUGUUCAUCGAAGAUGACAACUCUGAAGAUGACUGCCUUUAUCAUCCUGGCGAUAUGGAGCCUGACUACGAAUCGGACUUUUGGGCCGAUCAUGAUGAAAAUUGCCACGGAAUCAUCGACAGCAAGGAAAGCCGAGAGGAGUAUCCGGAGGGGUUUCUUUGGGAUUGCUGCGGCAGAAUCGGCACUGAUCCGGGAUGUGUGAGCUUCCGUCACGAGGCUCAUCCGGACAAACGACGGGGAAGUUGUGACACCCUCGAGAGCAACAAAAGUGACUUGGGCGAGGGGGACGGUGAGCGUGGAGGUGAAAAGAGCAAGGAUGGGGACUGA